UGCUCAGAUCUCCCCUUUCUGUGCUGUUUGUGGGGCUGAACGUUGUCACACACAUUAAAACUGUUGGGGAGGGCGAUACAUGGACUCUGCUCGAGGGGGGAAUGAGAGCACAAAGCUCCUCAUUUACCUGCCCAGCCUUUUGUAAUCUCAAAACCUCACUGUUUGCCCCCACUGGGAUCGACUGAGGCGAAGGGUAGGGAGGCAGUUUACAUUGGGCUGAAUUCUUUUUCUUCUGCUCGUUAUGGGCUUACGCCGCACUUAUCGCCCGACUUGAACCCCUUCCAGGCUGCGUUGAGCAAUAGGGCCAUCACGUGUCGUUGUUCUCUUGGCCUGUCCCCAAGGGAAGAGCAUGUGCACUGGAAUGUCUUGUUUUGGUAGGGUUCAGAGCUUGGUUUUCUGUUGGGUUUGUUGUUAUUGUUGUUCUUUUUUUUCCCUUCCCCCUUUAAGGAGAGUUCUGGAAACUUUUACAAAUGGGAACAUAAAUGGCAAAGCUGCUUUUUUUUUUUUGCUCUACUUCUGGGGUUUUGCUUUAAUGAGAUCUCAGGGGAUGAGGGUAACAGUGGUGGUGCUUCAGAAUGCACCAAGAUCAUAUGAGGGUAAUGGUGGUGGUGCUUCAGAAUGCACCAAGAUCAUAGAGUCAUGGAUGGGCAUCGUAUUAAUCAUAUAGAAGCUUGCCAUGGUUCUGUUUCAGGACCCAAAGCCCCACUGAAAUGCAGGCACAGGUUCUGCCUUAUAAACAAAGCACACUGCUAUUAGGAGAGCAGUCACUGUGCCUUCCAUUAUUGGAGCUUAACAUCAACAUAUUGACAAGAGGAGAGGCAAAAACCUUUGCUCCUAAAUACCAGCUUUUAGGGCAUCAUCUUGGUGCUUUUCAAGCCUUAUUUAAAACCAGAAAGCACCACGAAGUCUUUGUAUCUCUCUGCAUGUGGGUAAUUUUAACUAUUUCUGGGUCGAUUUCAGUGCUCUGAAUUGCAGAGCAGCCCUCAUCGUGCUUGUAGUACCCAGUUCUUAAAUAUCAGAUGACUAAAUGCUGAUUGAACAAAUCUCGGAGGCUGUUUUCUUUGUAGUAACAGUUUAAAAUCCUGCAUCGACUCUUUUUUUUGGUAGCAAAACUGAUGCCUUGUGUUGCAAAAUGGUGCCUCAGGAGGCAAGCUUGGUAUUUCCUUAUCUGUUCUAUGGAGGGACGCUGUGCUCUGGGUAGACUUGGCUCUUUAGCAGGUGAUUGCUUUGAAGUGACAUCACGACUUCUCUUACAUCCCUGCAAGAUUUAGAAGCUCUGAUUGCCCUCCUGCGUGCUCAGCACCAGCACCAACUUGUAGCAUGGCUGUGCAUUGCACUACAGCCCUGUUCAAAUCCCAGUACGUUGGAUUAACCAGAAGAUUUCAUUUCUCAGCCCCAAUAUCACACCUCAUCUCUGUGUAAGUAGAGCCUGCGGUUUGUCUUAGUGCUGGCAUUGAAGUUAUGAUGUUUUGUUGUUGCGAGGAUUUGCUUUCCAGAUUCUUUGUAACCUCUUGUUUUUAGGAGAACAUGGAUCAGUUUUUGCUUCACGUCGCUGUCUUGCCUUGUUCUGUGCUCACCUGGAAGCCUGCAGGGUUUGCACUGCCUUGACAGUGCUUGCAGCUCAUCCUUCAGUGCUCCAGGUUUGCUGUGGCAAUGGGAAUCCCUCUCCCCUGCUUUGUGGGGUGGAUCAUAAGGUCUGCAUAAUUAUGCCCACAAAGGCUCCUAGUAGGGGCAGGAGCUGUAUAAGACAGCUGUAUGCCUGCAGCAGACCCAUAAGCACCCCCCAGUACACAUACAAUUCUCCUUCCCUUUGUGGAUCCCUCUGUCUUACUCCUGCAAAAGCAAAACCAAAGUGCUUCAAAUAAGAGCCCCGACAAACUUUUCUCCUUAAACCGUCUUGUUAAUUUUUAAAGCAGCAGGAAUUGGGCAACAGCAAGCUUAAUUAGGGAGGGAAGAUCUGAAAGCAGCCCAGUGUGCAGUGAUUGCUGGUUGCAUUUCUCAGCACCUGUUGGUACUCAGUGCCCUUCCUAAAGCGUGAUUGAAUUGCAGUCACAGCCAGGAUAAACAGAACAGGUUGUUGUUAAGGUAGGAGAGUGCCCAUGGUUAAAGGGCUGCUGUAUGGGGUGGUUUCCAGCCCCAUAGCUGUCCAUUCUGCUGUCUGCUUAAAUCAGAAGUGAUGUGAUGCAGACAGAGAGGUGUCUGGAUUUUCUGCUUGGCUGUCCUGGAUGUUAUUUUGGCACAGUUUGCUGAACACCAUGUUUGAAUACUGAACGUGGCUGAUAUACCUGGGUGUGCAUAUAGGAGUCCAACCUUCAUUGUGUGUCUUAUUGUGUGUGCUCAGCUCUUCUCCUUUCACUCCCUCCAUUUCCCCGUGGGUUUUGUCCGUGUAUUUCUGGAAUAACGAACGCACAGCGCUGCUCUUUUGUUUCUCCUCACCCAAACAAAGCUGUCAUGAGUACAGAAUCACACGACUUUGCCCCCUCUGCUUUCUUGUAGGUCAGCCAACCUGCAUACCCAGUGCUGUGGGCACGCUGCCCUCCACCAGAAAAUGCUGGAUCUCAUUCUUUCUCCCCAGUGCUGGAUCUCCUGCUGCAUCCCAUGCAAAGCAACGAGAGUCCCUUUUAUUGCUGCCACAACCACCACCCUCUCACUGCUGCUUUUUUCUUACCAUUCAUUCCUGUUUCUUUCUCUGCCUUUUUGGGAUGCUUCAAAUUGCUCCUCGAUGCUGAUGUGGUUUUGAGGACUGUUUGGCUGUUCCAGGGAAGUACAUGCAGCUGCUUAUUUGUCACUAAGGAGAUCCGUGCUGAGGUUCUGCCAGGUUCUUUCCCAUCCUGUUCCUGCUCAGUCCUUUUGGCCACCCAUAGGGAAACGUGAUAUCGUCAUCUCCAGUCCCUGUCAUCUUCCAGUCCCCCUCAUAAUGAUCUGCCUGAGAUUGAGGGUGGAUUUACAGUCCUUGGAAAAAAGCUUCCAAGAACUGUCCCGUGGCCUUAAAUCACUGGACUGCAUCUCUAAAGCAAAUUGAUGCGGCCUUCAAAGCGAAGCCCAAACACUCAUAGCUCAUGUUCUUGGCAUCGCCUGUUUCAGAUCACUUAGAGGGGGCAGAGAGAGGUAUCUCCUGGCUGAUGCCUUCAAUCAAAACUUCAUUAGUGGGAGACUUCAGAGCAGGUGGAAGACCAGCCACGAGGAAAGCAGUGGGAAUAAGGGAGCAGAACGCUCAGCACUUUGUUGAACAGCCUGCCAUGGUGGGGAACUCGAUCCUCCCAGCAAGCAGAGGAAUCCAUGUGCGGUUAUUGGGGAUUGAGAGCAAGCACGAGGUCACGAUCUUAGGAGGACUCAAUGAAUUCGUCGUGAAGUUUUAUGGACCACAAGGAACACCAUAUGAAGGUGGAGUAUGGAAAGUUAGAGUCGACCUUCCUGAUAAAUACCCCUUCAAAUCCCCGUCUAUAGGAUUCAUGAAUAAAAUUUUCCAUCCCAACAUCGAUGAAGCGUCAGGAACUGUAUGUCUAGAUGUAAUCAAUCAAACUUGGACGGCUCUCUAUGAUCUCACCAAUAUAUUUGAAUCGUUCCUGCCCCAGCUGCUGGCCUAUCCUAACCCUAUAGAUCCUCUAAAUGGUGACGCUGCAGCCAUGUACCUCCACCGACCAGAAGAGUACAAACAGAAAAUUAAAGAAUACAUUCAGAAAUAUGCAACAGAAGAAGCACUAAAAGAGCAGGAAGAAGGCACCGGGGAUAGCUCGUCUGAGAGCUCCAUGUCCGACUUCUCGGAAGACGAGGCUCAGGAUAUGGAGUUGUAGUAGAAGAGGCAACCUGCUUUUCAGAGAGACUCUAAUUUCCUAACCAUGAGAAGCAGACUAUAAUAUUCAUAUUUAAACAAAGCAAUUUUUUUUAUUACUAAACAAGGUUUUUAUGAAUAAUAGCAUUGAUAUAUAUAUAUAUAUAUCACCCUUUAGAUCUUGAUUUUUUUUUUUUUUUUUCUUGGUCAUUUCUCAACCCGAGGUGCAUAGCAUAUUCCCACAUUCCAUUUUGGUAGCAAUAUGCAGCCCAAAUGCAUGCAUUCAGAUUCCAUUUGGCCAAGUCAACUUGUGUGCUACUGAACUGUCAGCUCAAACAGCUGCCCUGGUAGGUAGGGAGUUAGCAAAGAUGUUUGCUUUCCGAUCGAUGUUUCCAAAGACACCACCUUGGAUGCUCGCAUGGAACAGUGUUUUCUCUUGAGAUAAAUCUAAGGGAUGUGCUAUUAACUGCGUAGAUCAGACAGUGGAAUGAAAGGUGGCUCCUUCAGGUCAACCUCGCUGAUGGUAUUUGAUGCGGAGUCACAUUUAAAACGUUGAGUAGAACCAGCACAAAUGCAUGGAGUUAUUCAGAGCCUUGAAGCUUAAAAGAGUUUAGACUUGGAUUUUAAGUCCAUUUUUAUAUGCGGACUCCUGCCUGCCCUUCUGAACCGUAGGGACUGACAACCACUGGUCCAUCCAUCCGCUUUUGGGACUUUUGGAAGCCUUCAUCUGGAUGUUAUCUCUUUUGGUCUGGAUUUCGAGCUGUCCCCUCGCUGGGAGGAGGAAUUAAACACAAACAAUGCUCUUUGGUUUAGCUGGAGCACAUGUGAAGCCCAACUCUUACUUCGUCAUCCUUUUGAAACUGCUGCCUUUCAUGGCUCUUUCCCCCCCCCCCCCUUGCUUGAAGAAUGGUCGUACACCUCGCAUACACCUCCAUCUCCUGGGAGGGCUCUGUGACCAGAUGGAUGAGCCAUGCUGAGAGCUUUGGAUCUAUGGAGAUCUGCCCCCCUUUGGCUGCAGUCCACGAACCCAUCGGCACCCAUUCUAUUCUCCUUUUUUCUCCCCUUCUGCACCAGCUUGGUAGCCAUCUGCUUGUGUGUGUACAACAGGAUUACAGGUCCUUAAAGUUAACGAAGAAUGUGAUCUAGGAGGAAAAAAGAAUAAUAAUAAUAAUAAUAAUAAUAAAGAAAAAAAAAGCCUAAAAGCACCAAUUGAGGAAGGAAGUGAAUCUGCUCUAUUUUUUUAUUUUAUUUUUUUCCCUGAUUUUUUUUUUUCUUUAAAGAAUGAAAUAUUUGAUUUCUUUGGGUGUUUUUUAGCCAGAUGAGAUUUGUGUUUGUUUGUUUCAAUGCUACGGAGCGGAGCAAAUGCCUACCUGGGAUGCUGGUAUACUUGAAUUUGGAUAGUUGUGCAUCAGAGAUGGGAGCGGAGGUGGAUCUUAAACCUGAACAUGACCUGCUGUAUUUUGGGGGAGGGGGCAUUUGGGUGAGAUACUUUAAUCUGUGGGGCAGCCUAUGGGAUGGUGUGUGGGAUCUGAUGCACCCCACGCUGCUCUUAGUGGAGUUCUGAAUGUCGGAUGGGUCCAUUUGGGUUUUUUCCUUUAGGAACGCCACCGAGUUCUGAGUCAGCGGGGUUGAAAGGUUACAAUCCUAUUUCUAAUUCAUGAAGCACAAUCAAUUCAUUUCGUUUUGGAGGAGACAAAAAAAAAAGAGAGAGAGAUAAGAACUCAUAAAGUAUCAUUUUGCUUUGGCAUGGUUUUCCUUAAUAAAAAUAUACAAAGAAUUUCAUUUAUGUUAAUUACGGGCAUGAAGCAAAGGGGCUUUUUUCCCCCUUUAUUUUUUCCCCUUGCUCCCCCCAGCCCCUCUCUUCUUUUAAAUCAGUAAUGUAGGGCUGUGGCUAGUGACUGUGCUGAAGUUCUCUAUCUAGCAUUUGUGGCUUGUUGGAAGGGUAAUAUUAACUAUUUAACAUGUAAUGGUGUACUUAACUCUUAUCUAGCACGCUGUUUUCUCAUUAUUUGGGGGUGGGAGGGGCCACACUUGCUGGCACUGUUUACCUUGCUUACCUGCUGACCUAGCAGUUUGCUUGUGCUAUAACCUUUACUGUAGGUGCUACUUAGGAGUAGAGUAAGUGCUGGGUGGUGAUAUCAGUUUAAAAGAAGGAAAAAAAAGAAAAAAAGAAAAAAAAAAUACAGAAAAACACAAUAAAAAUGUGUAUUUUUUCAAUAUUGUACAAAAAAUAGUGUUCUAAUUACCUCAUCCCCUUUCUUUUUGCAGGUUAACCCGUCACUCCAUCCCUCCCACCUUUGUUUUUGAUGCUCCACACUUGCACGUUUCUCCCCCUCGCUUUGUGAAAUCAGUGCUCUGCAAAGCAGAGGUUACCCAGCAAUCAGUGCUUGGCAAUGCUUUGGCCCUGCUCAGGGUUCCUGGCAACUCCCUUCUUUUCCUCCCCAUCUUUUCUCCUGUGUCAUUUUUUCACCUCUUUUUCCAAGUCUUCCUCCUGAAAGAAAUCUCCCUCCAACCAAUAGCUUGUAAGUAACACCUUGUGUGUAGACUGGAAGGCAAAGGUGGAGCCGUAUUUGCAGCAUGGUAGCUCUUCUUUUUCAUCUUGAGGGUGUGGGGUUUUUUUCUUCCUUUUCAUUUUUAGCAUUCAUAAAACAGUGUUGUCAUUGCCUUGUGCUCUCUUGCAGCAACGGGAGCCUCAGCCAGCCCUACCCGUAACGCCCCAUCCCUGCUCUUGGGUGAGCUCCCUCAUCCCAAAACUUGGUGCUGAAUUGGAAACAGGCUUUGCCUUCUGCUCCCAUCAGUUCCCCUUUUGGCUGCUGAGGAUUUUGCUUCUCCCUGGUGUAUGAGCCACCAGAAAGGUCUCUGGGAGCUCCUUGGUGUCCUGGACAUUGUGCCAUGGGGUCAGUUGUAUGCCUUCCCCAAAGGUUUUUUUCCUCCAUCCCUUUGGUCAUUGGAAGCUCCUUGGUGUCAUCAGCUCUGUCCCUUGGGGUCAGUGGGACGUGUUCCUCAAUGGCUUUGUUCCUUCAUCUUGCAGCUUUGGUCAUUAGAAACUUCAAUACUAUCGAUGCUACACUAUGGGAUCAAUGGAGCCCGUACCCCAAUGGCUUUGUUCCUCCAUCCUAUAGCUUUGGUCAUUGGAAGCUCCUCAAUUUCAGCAGGACAUGUUUGCCAAUGGCUUUGUUCUCUAAACCCGUAGCUUUGCUCAUUGGGCGCUCCUCAAUUUCAACAGGAUGUGUUCCCCAAUGGCUUUGUUCUCUAAUUCCAUAGCUUUGGUCAUUGGAAGCUCCUUGGUGUCAUCAGCACCGUGCUAUGGGCUCAGUGAGUUGCAUUCCCCAAUGGAUUUGUUCCUCCACCCCAUUGAUUUGGUCUUUGGAAACUCCUUGAUGUGUAUGACUUUCUUCAUCCAUCCUAUUGGUCAUUGGAAGCUCCUUGGUGUCAUCAGCACCUUCCCUUGGGGUCAGUGGGAUGUGUUUCCCCAGCAGCUUUGUUCCUCCAUCCUAUAGUUCAGGUCAUUGGAAGCUCCUCGACCUCAGCAGGAUGUGUCCCCCAGUGGCUUUGUGCCUCCAUCUCAUGGCUUUGCUUUGCAGGCAGCAUGGAGCAGAGCUUUGCCAUCAGCUCAGUACCACUCAAACCUCGACUGGGACGAGCACACACCCCACAUCCAAGUCUCUUCUUCCCAUCCUAGGAAGGGUCAGAGGUGUCCCAAUGCUUCUUUUCUUCCUUUUUCUUUUGCUUGCCCCAAGUUCUACUUGGCACUUUCGCGGGGGUGUUUGCAGCGUGAGAAAUGGCCAUUAUUUUACUGACUGUAUUUGGUACCUAUCGUGUGAUACUUGAAGAGAUCGGGGCGUUUUGCCCCUCCAUAAGAGUCUAAACUCUUUAUUUUCGGGUUUUUUUCCCUUCCCCAACCCCUCUUUUUUUGGUUUUCCCCCCUUGCCUUGUGAUGUAGUGGGCACAUCCGCCCCCCGCUGACAAAAUGCCUCUUCUCUAAGAGUAUAAACCUCUCCGGUAGUUGUGUAUAAUGACAGAACUGUAAACUUUUUUAAAAAUAAAAAAAAACAAAAAUAUGUAUAUACCUCAAA